AUGGCCUCCUACGACUCCGACCACGAACUCGGCGACCCUUACAAUCACACGACCAACCACCCUUCCUCAUCCUCCUCUCGUAUCUCCCGCCCCUCAAGACCCCUAAUCGACUCUGUCCGCAACGGCUGGCAAUCCACUCCAGCCUACCGCUCCCUCUCCUCAUCGUCUGAUUAUAAAGACCCCGGCUGCGUCCAGAUCGCUCUAUCUAUCAUCUCCGCCCCGCGCUUCCGCCGCUACGUACUCGUCUACCUCGCUCUGUUCCUGCUCGGCUGGAUCGGGUGGGUGAUGGUUCUAUACCCUCGUCUAGAGGAGCGUGGCACACUGCUACACGCGCUAGAUCCUGCCUUGAAAGAGGAGGUCGGAGGAUGGUUCGGAAGCAACUCGCUUCCUCGAUUUGAUGACUUGACUCACAUUCGGACGUUGAAUCCUUCGCUGGUGCCUGUAGCCCCCACCGAGGGCGAGUCGAGGGGAUCGAGGAGUGAGAAGCGUCUGAUCGUGGUUGGGGAUGUACAUGGGUGCAAGGAAGAGUUGCUUCAAUUGCUCAAAAAGGUCGAAUUCUCCACAGCAGAUGGAGACCAUCUCAUUUUCACGGGUGAUAUAAUCAACAAGGGACCCGAUAGCGCUGGCGUCGUAGACCUUGCCCGCGAGCUUGGAGCGUCAUGUGUACGUGGUAAUCACGAGGACCGCAUCCUGCUUCUCCGACAUGAGAUGGUGACGAUGAACACCCUCUUGACCGGCGACGAGAAGAACGUCAAGCUACAUGAGCCUUCAGAAAAGGAAGCCAAAGAACGCACGCUCGCCCGCUCUUUGAGCGACGAGCAAGCACGGUGGCUUGACGCCUGCCCGGUCAUCUUGGAAGUUGGCUUUAUCACGGGUAUGGGCCAAGUAGUCGUUGUACAUGCAGGUCUGGUACCGGGCGUGGAGCUCGGGAAGCAGGAUCCCUCGACGGUGAUGACGAUGCGAACCAUUGACCUUGACACGCAUGUUCCUAACCCGUCGGCCGAGGGUAUGAAGUGGGCUAAGAUGUUUGACAAGCACCAGUCUAUUCUCCACUCGAGCCUCAAAACUUCACAUGCAGAUCCCCACUCUCAAACUACGACCGUUAUCUACGGUCACGAUGCCAAAACAGGUCUCAAGAUCCGAACAUAUACCAAGGGUCUUGACUCGGGAUGCGUGAAGGGCGGUAAAUUGACUGCUUUGGUCAUUGAGGAUGGCGGCAAGCAAAGCCUCGUGCAAGUGAACUGUAAGGAAGACUACUCCAAGGACAACAAGGAGAAGAAGGAUGGUAAAGAGAAGAGGGAGAAGAAGGAGAAACAGGAUAAGAAGGCCAACAAGGCUAGAAAGGACGAUUGA